UCAGGAAGCGCGGGCGAGCGGCGCGAGAAGCAGCAGACGCGUUCUCAAGCCGGAACUGGGGCGCCUGGGAUCGCUGCAGUGCCAGGACCUGUAUCUCCAAUGGAUACUGAAGGGUUUGGUGAGCUCCUUCAGCAAGCUGAACAGCUUGCUGCAGAGACUGAGGGCAUCUCUGAACUUCCCCAUGUGGAACGGAACUUACAGGAAAUCCAGCAGGCCGGCGAGCGUCUGCGUUCUCGCACCCUUACACGCACGUCCCAGGAGACAGCAGAUGUCAAGGCGUCAGUUCUUCUUGGGUCUCGGGGACUUGAUAUAUCCCACAUCUCCCAGAGAUUGGAGAGUCUGAGUGCAGCCACCACCUUUGAGCCUCUUGAGCCUGUGAAGGACACAGACAUUCAGGGCUUCCUGAAGAAUGAAAAGGACAAUGCCCUACUGUCUGCCAUUGAAGAGUCCCGAAAGAGGACCUUUGGCAUGGCUGAGGAGUACCAUCGAGAGUCAAUGCUGGUUGAGUGGGAGCAAGUGAAACAGCGAAUUCUGCACACACUGCUGGCUUCAGGAGAAGAUGCCCUUGACUUUACUCAAGAAAGUGAGCCAAGUUAUGUCAGUGAUGUGGGGCCCCCUGGUCGAAGCUCUCUGGACAGCAUUGAGAUGGCCUAUGCCCGGCAGAUAUACAUCUAUAAUGAGAAGAUUGUAAACGGACACCUGCAGCCUAAUCUUGUGGACCUGUGUGCUUCUGUGGCAGAGCUGGAUGAUAAGAGCAUUUCUGACAUGUGGACCAUGGUAAAACAAAUGACAGAUGUGUUGUUGGCACCAGCAACUGAUGCCCUGAAGAGCCGCAGCAGUGUGGAAGUGCGCAUGGAGUUUGUCAGGCAGGCCUUGGGAUACCUUGAGCAAG